AUGGGGACCACGGCCGAUAACGCCGAGCUCGCGUUCCUCUCCGCCUGCCAGACCGCCGUCGGGGACGAGAAGAUCCCUGGGGAGUCGAUGCACCUCGCGGCGGGUAUGCUCGCCGUGGGGUACAAGGGCGUUAUAGCGACGAUGUGGUCGAUCCAGGACGACGACGCGCCAGUGAUCGUCGAGGCGUACUAUAGGAAGCUGCUCGAGCUUCGCGCGAGCGGAACGCUUGGAGUGGGAGAGACGGGCGCGGCGUACGCACUCCAUGAGGCGGGAAAGCGCUUGAGGGAGAAGGUGGGGGAAAAGAACGUCGUCCAUUGGGCCCCGUUCGUGCACUUCGGAAUAUAA